AUGCCCGGGAACGUACCUAUAUUACAUUCUAUUUAUACGGGUAACGGUGAAGAUAGUUCGAUAUUGGUUUUAGAACUCGAUGCAGACAAUAUCUGGCUAGUUGAUAGCGGGUUCUCUCGCUCGCCAUCUUAUCAAUAUUUUAGGUCUGCAAUUCUGAAACAUAAAAUAUCGAAUAUUAAAGGCAUCAUUAUCACAAAUACACAUGCGGGUCGUCUUAAUGGAAUUACAAGAUUUCUCAAAGAAUUCUUUUCACAAGACAUUAGCACAGAGGAAUCUCAAAAGCUUGAUUGUCUCAUAAUACUUACUAAAGAAUUCAUUAAUGAACCAAUUAUUGAUAUCUUAAAAGAUAAUGAGUUUGAGAUUAUUCAUGAUUUUGAUGAUAAAAAACCGAUUUUUGAAAGCCAAAAUAUAAACCUAAAGUGCUUUUUCCAUGAUAAGGGAAGACCUUUAAUUUUAAAACGCAAAAGGAAUGUUGAUCAAAAUACAAGCUUUUAUGAAAAAACUGUGAGAUAUGUGACAACCAAUUCUAUGGUAACUAAUUACGUGAGCCCUAUAUUAAGCAAUUAUGGAUUAAAUAAUUAUGUGGAGAAUAGUUCGUUAGUGAAAAUUUUCGGGUUGGGAAGAAGUGAAGUUAAACCAUCGUCAAACACAUCCAUAGAAAGAUCAAUUAAUGAAUUAUCCACAAACGUACAAGGUAAUAAAUCAAAAGCUCACGCAGAUCUAUCAAGUAUUCUUACAUGUUUGCAGUAUACAUGUAACUCAAAAGUUGGGAAUAUGAUUCUCACCAGUGAUAGUAUCGCUUCAUGGAUACUAGAAGUGGUAACGAUAAAGUUAAAAGAAUAUCAGCAGACACAAUUAAAUGAACGACCAUUUAUUGAUGUAUUUCAAGUACCAAACUAUGGAUCAAGAAUUAAUUCGAUGGUCGGAACUCAUGUUAGUCUUCCUCAAUAUGUAAAUCAACAAUUUGCUUUGAUGAUGAUUCUAUAUUAUGGAGGACAAUUUGAUUUUAAAGAUCUUGAUGAUAAAGCUGCCAUUGAAACUGAUUUUGAAAUUAUGUGCAACUUUUCCAAUUUUGAAAUAUUUGAAGAAGCGGCCCAAUCGAAAGGAUAUAUUCAAACACCUUCAAAUUUAGCAGCUAUUAAAAAUUUUCUAAAAUUUAUGGCAAGGGCAUUAGUAAUCCGAAGACCAGAAAAAGACAGUAACAUUAACUGGAAUUGGGAUGAAAUUAAUUGGCCAGAAGUUGGAAGAAAAUUAUAUAUUAUUUAUAAAAUGAAUCAAAAAACAAAACAGCAUCAUUGGCCAAAGUACGAUUUUAUUAAAGAUGAGGUUGGUAUCUCUGAUGAAGAACUUGAUGAAAAAUUUGAUUCAUAUAUUAACAAUAUAAGAAGAGGAAAUAUCACAGAAAAGCAACUUUAUGUGUAUUUUAAGAGUAUAAAAAGGAGAAUACGGAAAAAUUUUGAUAUAAUGCAUAAAGAUUUAAAGCCAUUACUUAGUUCAAUGUGGCAUUGCCUAAAAAUCUCUCCUUUAUCAUUUCGAUAUAUCGCCUCUUCUAUCUCAAAUUUUUAUAAUUCAUUUAUCACAAAGACAUACAUUAUUUCUUCUGGAUCAAGACACGGCCAUCCAGAUAGUUUAGUACUUGUAGGAAUUAUUAAAUCUGUUUUAGAAGAUUUAAAUGAAGAAGAAAGAGAAGUAAUGAUCUUAUUAACAAAUGGAUCGAAGAUUAAUAUGAACCUACUUACUUCUGCUAUUGAUGAUUUAUUGGAGAAUAAAUCAAGUGAUAUCCAAAAACUUUUAAGCAAACGUAUUAAAGUUUAUACAAUUAAUGAUAGUGCUUAUGAGGUUAGCAUUAAACUUUCUAAUGGUGAAUUGCUUGAUCCUAAAAGUGCACAGCUUUUAAGUUGGGACUCAACGGGCAAAGAAGAAAUAAAAAAAAUCACUGAUAUAUUUAAACGUAACAAAAAUCUUCCGAGUCAACCAAUUGAUAAAAAAGUCAUUUAUAAUAUAAAAAUUUUAAAUCAAGACAACCUCUGGCUUAGUGUUGACAAGGAAGGUAAUUUAGCUUCAUCUGAUGUGCCCGUAUCUUUUUUGAUAUCUUUGUCAUUUCCGGAUCAAAUUGCGUACCAAAUAUCCUGUAAAAGCUGCAAUUUUAUUGUCAAAUUUGAAUGGGUGGUUGAAGAUAAAUAUGAUGAAUUUUAUUUAGUAGAUUUAAACACAGAAGAAAAACAUUAUUAUGCCAUUGAUAAAUCAACAACGUCACCAAAAUUCAAAAAGCAGCCUACUAAAGAAGGUGCGCAGACAUUUUGUUUUUCUAUCGAUGAUUCUAUAAACAAUUCAACGGAUAAAAAAAGGAGUGGUAAAACUUUGAAAGACUUCCUGAUAGAACUUGGAGAACUCGAAAAGAAUGAAGAAAAUACAACAUUAACGAUUAGGAACGCGCUCAAUUAUAUAAUUUGCACUCGUAAUGUCGAAAAAAUAUUUGAAUCACUUCCGAAUUAUUUUGCCAAUGUCCUAUCACUCAUAAUUGAAUUAGAUUCAGAGGUUGUAUGGGAAAUUUCAAAAGAUAAUUUGUUCGAUAUAAAGAAUGCUUCAAUCAGGCCAAAAAAGGAAGAACUUCCAAAACUUGGUGUUUUUGUAACGGCCAUGCAUAUAACGAUCAAAAAUCCAAGGCUUAAUAACAUGGAAAUAUCCAUGAAAAUUAAUUUAAAUAAUAAUGGAUCAGAAAGUAUAUUGGAAUGGACUCCAAAGAUAACAGAUAUAUCUAAAACGAAACCUGUCCAUGAUUAUCUUUUAAAUACAAAUGUUCAACAAAAAAAGUGGAGAAAUAUCUCAUUUGGUUAUUUAUGUCUGCUAAUGAUGCCUCAAUUAUCAGUAGUGCCUGAAUUUUUGAAAAUUUCUCUGCCUUUCAUAUCUAGCAUUGCAUUAUUAGAUCAAAAAGUUAACAAAGAAAUUUCAGAAAUCAAUUUCGAAACUGGUCCUACUGGGGCUAUAGCGACUGAAGCAAAGUUUUUAUUGGAUAAAUCAAUGACAGGAAAUAUGCUAGAUUUUCAACUCAGUGGAAUUCCGAUUUCACAAAUAACUGAUGUUGAAAUUAAAAUUACAGAUCCAGGAGCUAUUAGUGGCAGCCCAAAAAUAAGUAUUGACGCACGUGCAAAUAUUGGAGAUAAAUCUGUGAUAUUGUUAACUCAAAAUGAUAACAUGCAAUCCUUUAUAGUGGAAUUUGAUGCUGGUACAACCCUCACUCAAGUUGCGAAAGCGUUAAAGGCUGGUGAAAAUAUAUACGAUAAAUUUAAGGUUCCUUUGUUCGAUAUUCCUCUGAGUAACUUUUUAGAAAACAUUCAGCCGGAAUUCAGUUUAUUAUUUUAUCCAGUGACUGAACCUCCAACAAUGAACUUUAGGCUUAAAAAUAUUCGAGUGUUUGCAAAAAAUAACAUUCCAGAAAUAAAAAAUUUUGUACCAUCUCAAAUUUAUGAAAGACUCACAAAUACAACAAUUGACAUUUCAAUCUUCAAUCCAUUAGAGACAGAAAAUAUAACAAUUGGUACGAAUAUCAAUUUCUGUCUUUCCAUCGCGAAUGAUAAAAAACUUUUAGCAACUCUUUCUUAUAUGCACGAUAAAAAGAUAGAGCAACUUUACACAUUACCCCAAUACAUGAUUUCAAUUAAACCACAAAGUUUAGAUGAAAAUAAUAACACCAUGAAGCUACGUGAAGUAUUGAAUGCCAUCGAUUUAUUUGAAACGUUAGAAGAGCUCAGUGAAUUCGCACCGAUGUUGUGGAAACCUAUAAAUAAAGAAAUAAAAAUUAUAAAAUUUCAAUAUCUUGAUUUAUAUGUAAAAAAUUAUAAUAGCUACAAUGAUUUUCGGCUCGAUAUUACAAUUACAAACUUUAUAAUUAAGACUGGUGUUAUAGAAGUCACCGAUGCAACUAUAGUCUUAGAACAUCAUGAUACACAAUGGACUGGAAAAAUCAAAAGUGUAGCCAAAAUAAUCGAAAAUGAUAGAAAAUACAAUUGCUUUAUAGAAUACACGUUCCCAUCUACGAAAUACGUUGGAAACUUAUUAAUUAAAAAUCUUUCAGAAUAUCUUGAAUUAGAAACGAUUCUUAAAAUUUUUCAACUUGAAAACGUUUUUAAUGUACCUGCACUUAAUAGUUUGUUUAAACAUGCCAAAAUUUUAGAGAUCAGUGUUGAUUUAGCUAAUUCAGAUGAUUCAGAUUUUAUUAUUCAAGAAUUGUCAAUCAUCCUUUGGACAAAGGACCUUGAGUUGGGAUCUUUAGCAAUUGAUCAAUUGAAAAUAUAUAUUUUAUAUUCUUCAUCAAGAAAUAUUACUGAUUCAGCGAUAUGGAAAUUUAGCAUUGAAGGAAAUGUUGAUUCAUUAGUAGCUAUGAUAAAUUACGACAAUGAAAAAAGUAAAAUGCAAGCCACUUUAGUUCCUACUAAAAGUAAAACACUUAAUGAUAUGGUGGAUUUGCUGACAACAACAACAAUUUCUAGUAAUCCAAUGUUUGACGAAGUACGAGAUUCAGAAAUUACAUCUGUCGAUUUGAUCAUUAAUAUUGACACGGGUGACGCAUACAUUGAAGAAUUUUCAAUUUUAUUGAUGAAAAAACUGUCUCAUGGCAAAAUGAGUCUCGACGAUUUAGAAUUUAAAUAUAGGAAGUCAAAUAAUGACUAUAUUGCAUCUGAUAUGAUAUUUAUUUUAAAGGCAACUAUCUCGCGUCAGCUAGGUGACGAUAAGAUUAGUGCAACCGUAGCAAUCGAUUGUGGUACCGAAUAUGAUAAUGGGUCUGUGAAAGCCUAUAUAACUUCACCUCAGAAGCCUCUUUUAUUAUCAGAUUUACUUAAACUUCUAGUAGACAAUCAGCCUGAUUUACAAGAACUAUUACCAAG